CUUUCCGCACCCUGAUCAUUGCUCAGAUUGCAAACGGGGGAGUGCGCCUGGGUGGCCGUGGGAGGUGCAACGGUAUUCCACGGACGGGGAUUUUGAUCACCCGACUUCUGCCAGCUUUGCCGUCACGGCUGUAGUGCCUCACUCAAUGCUCCGCAACCCUGGCAAAGCUUACGGGAUGGUCUGUGUGCGGAUAACCCGGGUGAUGUCGUUAACAUUAAUAUAUUGAUGUGGCGCAAGCCUGCCUGAGCUAUGAAGGAUAACCAUAAUGCUAAAUUCCAGCUUGCGCUGGAGGAAGGGGUAACUUCCAAGACGCCCAGCAAGAUUCCCCUUCUUCUGGCGGGAAUAUUUGUGGUGACCACCGUGGCCCUUCUGGUCACCACAAUUGUGUUCGGAUUGCAGAGGAACAACAUCGCGAGCGAAUUAGACAAGUUGAAGGCAAAACCACAGGAAUCUGGUUGGAUUUGCACCACCAAGCAGUGCUAUGAGUCUGCUUACACGUACUUGAGCAACAUGGAUCAGAGCAAGAAUCCCUGUGAUAAUUUCUUCGAGUACGCAUGCGGCGGCUGGAUCAAGAGCCACGUGAUUCCUGAGGACGAAACCAGCUACUCCGUUCUCAUUAAGAUCAGAGACAGUGUCAUAGACAAGCUGAAAGCUUUAUUUGAAGGAAGCCCGACCACCGGCGAGCCCGAUCCAUAUCACGUUGUGAGGAAUUACUACAAGUCUUGCGAGGACAUGGACACCAUCAACGAGCUUGGGGCCGAACCUCUGACUGACCUGCUUACGUCGCUCGGUGGUUGGCCGGUCCUCGGAGACAACCCAGCGGGUGGGAACUGGGACCCGGCCGCCUUCGACUUUGAGAAGCUGUGGGCCGACAUCAGGGGCAAAUACGACGUGCAGAUGUUCGUUGCUACUGAAGUAUCGCCUGUCCGGAACAAACCAAAAUAUACAUUGACUGCACAGAUACCAGAUUUUGGAGUUCCUUAUGAUGAGAUCGAGGAGAAAAAACGGCCUGGAAUCAAGACUUUGUUUAAGGAAAGCCACGACACUCGUUACAGAGGGGCGGAGAUUCUUUUGGAAGAGAAGUAUUCCAAAAUGAAGGAAGCGUACCGCCAAUACGCCAUCGACAUUGCGUUGGCAUUAGGGGCGAGUGAGGCUGUUGCAACACAAGACAUAAAUGAUCUCAUCGAGUUUGAAACAACUUUGGCAAACUUCACCGCUUUGUCAUAUUUUUCACCAGAAGAAACCACUCUCGGGGGAAUUGGAAUGAAUGUGACGGACUGGGUGCGUCUUUACCAGCUGAUGUUGCCAGAGAGUGUUCAGCAGGUUGUUACCGAGGACGAGCCGAUCGUCGUCUACUGGCCAGAUUAUAUGUCCGACGUGACAGCGUGGCUCAAAGACCAAGACAACAGGACCAAGGCCAAUUACAUGAUUUGGCGGCUCGUCGUCCGGAUGGUACCCUUCAUGGAUGAGACGUUCCUAGCCAUGCGACGGAGAUACUUCGAGGGCUUGAACCACACUGUAACCACCAUGGCCCGCUGGAAGAUGUGCGUCUCCAACGUUGACAACCAAUACAAAUUCAUCAGCGGGAGGAUGUACGUGGACGAACACUUCCCUGACGACACCAAGCAGAACGUACUGAACAUGUCUCGCAAUCUGCAGAAGACUUUCAAAUCAAUGCUCAACACGCAUGACUGGAUGCCAGAAGAAGAGAGGAAGGCCUGUGUCAAAAAGACAGGUAAGAUGGCUAUCGAAAUCGGCUACCCAGGCUGGAUAAAGAACAACACCAAGUUUGAAGCAGAGUAUGCCAAUGUAACUGCCAAGGAGGGCGAGUACUUCCAAAACGCCUUGAGGUACCGAGAGUGGAAUUCACGGCACGAACUGGCACACUAUGGGGACGAUUUGUCGGACACACUGUGGUCAUCUUUUGGGCCGACUGUUGUCAAUGCAUUCUACAACAGUUGGUUGAACGGAAUGGUGUUCCCGGCUGGCAUCCUUCAACCGCCUUUUUACCAUAAGGACCUGCCAGGGUAUUCCAACUACGGGUCUAUAGGUUAUAUCAUUGGACACGAAAUAACGCAUGGUUUUGAUACUCAUGGGUUGAUAGACACACGUAUAGGGGGUGAAGGCCCUGGGUCAGCCUCGAUAAGUCGUGAGUCAUUGGACAUAUUACGGCAGAAAGCUAAGUGCAUCGCCGAGCAGUAUUCAGAUUUUGUGAUGGAAGAAAACAACAGAAACCUCAACGGAGAACAGACACUGAACGAAAACAUUGCUGAUAACGGAGGCCUUAGAGAGGCUUAUAAGGCCUACAUGGACAACUUUCCUCACCAGCCUAGUCUUCCCCGUAUUCUUUUCACGGAGGAGCAGAUGUUCUUCCUGUCAUUCUCCCAGACCUCCUGCGGUUUAUUCACACCUGAAGGAGCGGACGAAUACAUCGAGGAUGACGUUCACAGCCCAGGUCGAUUCAGAGUCAUUGGUACGCUGCAAAACACCGAAGCGUUCCACGCUGCAUUCAACUGCCCUGCUGGAAGCUACAUGAACCCAAAUGAAAAAUGCAGGGUUUGGUAAUAAAAAGGUUUGCGGGCGCAGCCAGCCUGGCAAACACCAACCCGUCUAUCCUAAAGUGAUAAUCAGGCUGCCUCAACAAACUUUACUUGAUUCUACGUCUAUUAUUGUAUCAAUGUUUCCAGCAGUAAACGUGCAGUAGGUCUGGUUUGAAUUUUAGAAAGUUGGUACCACGUGACACCACGAACGUAGUAAAGGCUCUUUGUAUAGGGAUAAAUUUUUACUGCUAAGCACCCACAGGUUCGAACGGGUUCGAGUUUUAUUGUUUAGCUUAGAUUAUACCUGGAUAGUUUGUAUGUAAAACAUACUAUUGUAGGCAUUGUAUUUCUGGCAUGAAGCAAUAGUAGGCUUGCUUCUUCCUAUUGCAAAGUAGAUGCCGGUUGACCAGUUUUGACACACGGGAAAUGGACAGCAUUAAGGGUCUCUCCAUGCUGGCACAGUGCCAUUUCGUUCAGCAUCACGAACCGCUAAGCACCCACAGGUUCGAACGGGUUCGAGUUUUAUUGUUUAGAUUAGAUUAUACCUGGAUAGUUUGUAUGUAAAACAUACUAUUGUAGGCAUUGUAUUUCUGGCAUGAAGCAAUAGUAGGCUUGCUUUUUCCUAUUUUUUUUAGAGUAAAGAGGUUUGCGGUAGCAUCCCACAAGGAAAUCUCUUUUCAAGUAUGUGUGGUUCUGAAAGUGAUCAGAUGCUCAAUGUUCCGGACAGGAGGCUUUCUCCGUCGUCAGGACACUACAGAGGCUCCAUUGAUGAAGCAGUUUAAUAUGGUGUCUAUAGAGGCGGCGAGGUGUUAAGAGGAUGCUAACCCGGGAUUCAACUGGAACCAGGGUACUCAAGCAGGACGACCAGUCCAGAAGCUAGAAGAUCAUGAGGUGUGUCAAUCUGACGGAGGGGAGCGUGGGGAAAGUUGCCAAGAGCUUAAGAGACCAACAGGCUGGAAACAUGACCUAGGGUAUCGAAGACCCAUUGGACUUGGAUGUGAGGAUGCGUUUUUAUUACUUUACAUAGUGUGUAUAUACAUGUACUUCAUAAAUAUGGCAGUACUGCCUCAUCAGUUACUCUGCAUUGUGUAAAUGUAGAUGGUGCUGAAAUAAAUAGGGAUAACGGCAUUAAGAUAAAAACUGAUAGGAUUACUUUAUUACGUACUGGGAAUCUUAAAAAGUUGUCCAUGUUAACAGCCCCUUUAACAAUAAUCGCAAUUGUUUUGUUUAAACUUCCUGUUGAGAACAUUUGAGAUUAGGCUUGAAUAUUGUUAUUUACAGAAUUUAUUUCGAGCAGAAUUUCUAGUCAAGACGGGGGUCAACUGAAAUUGCCGAGAAUUAACAAAUUUAGGGACAUGAA